AUGAUGUUCAGUGGGCAUUACAAACAAAAGCGUUCCUUGACCGUUUACAACUACAAGUUCUUGCUGAUAGAUGACAUUGAUGUUUUCACUAAAGAGGUUAUAAGAGUAGGACCAGGAGCUGUUCUAUCAACUCUUGUUAACAGAUUUGAUCCUUCUCUCAGGAAAAUUGCGAAUUUAGGCAGCUAUGGGCUUUUGGUUUGUGUGAAUGAGUUAAUUGUAGUUCAGAAUAAAGUUUACUCGAAGCCAACUGUAAUUAUUACAAAUAAAGUCACAGAGGAAGAGGAGAUACCUGAUGGUGUUGUUGCUGUGCUGACUCCUACUAUGAUUGAUAUCUUGUCUCAUGUCUCUAUUAGAGCUCGGAACAGCAAGGCAUUUCAGAAUAAAGUCUACUCUAAGCCAACUGUAAUGAUUACAAAUAAAGUCACAGAGGAAGAGGAGAUCCCUGAUGGUGUUGUUGCUGUGCUGACUCCUAGUAUGAUUGAUGUCUUGUCUCAUGUCUCUAUUAGAGCUCGGAACAGCAAGACAUGUAGUACUGUCUGUUUCAAUUUGUAA